AAUACUGUGUGUUCUCUGYUCUGAGAGACACUGUWACCAGACAGACUGACACAAUGGGCUGUGAGAGACGGCUGUUCCUGACUGCUGCUCUGCUGGCUGGCUUUUUAUGCAGUGAUGCUAUCACCGGUGGACGAGAGGCGGAGGCCCACUCCCGUCCGUACAUGGCCUCGCUGCAGGUCGCCGACGGCGGCAGGAUGAAACAUGAGUGCGGAGGGUUUCUGGUGGCCGAUCAGUGGGUGAUGAGCGCCGCACACUGCUUUCUCUCUGGGUCAGAAGGGAGGAAGGUGGUCCUAGGAGCUCACUCUCUGAGCGAACCGGAAGAUUCUAAACAAACUUUUGACAUUGUUCAAGUGUUCAGUCACCCUGAUUUCAGCAUCUCUAACUAUGAUAAUGACAUUGCUUUGAUCAAGCUGGACCGACCAAUCAUGGCCAGUGACGCAGUAAAGUCCCUGAAGCUCCAGAGUGACGAUGGGGCUGACCCCGCCACGGAACAGGAGGUCAACACGGCGGGGUGGGGGUCACUGAACAACCUGGGGUCACGUCCUGACAAGCUACAGGAACUGGUCAUCGAUGUGAUGAACCGUGUUCGAUGCGGCCGCAGUGACUACUAUGGCAAGAAGUUCACCAAUAACAUGCUGUGUGCGGCCAGCAGACAGAGAGACACCUGUGAUGGUGAUUCUGGAGGUCCUCUCCUGUAUAAUGGUGUGGCAGUUGGGAUCACUUCAAAUGGAGGGAAGAAGUGUGGAUCCAGCAAGAAGCCUGGUUUAUACACCACCAUCUCCCACUACAGCCAGUGGAUAGACAAGACCAUGACUCAAUAGAAGCCUGGUUUAUACACCACCAUCUCCCACUACAGCCAGUGGAUAGACAAGACCAUGACUCAAUAGAAGCCUGGUUUAUACACCACCAUCUCCCACUACAGCCAGUGGAUAGACAAGACCAUGACUCAAUAGAAGCCUGGUUUAUACACCACCAUCUCCCACUACAGCCAGUGGAUAGACAAGACCAUGACUCAAUAGAAGCCUGGUUUAUACACCACCAUCUCCCACUACAGCCAGUGGAUAGACAAGACCAUGACUCAAUAGAAGCCUGGUUUAUACACCACCAUCUCCCACUACAGCCAGUGGAUAGACAAGACCCAUGACUCAAUAGAAGCCUGGUUUAUACACCACCAUCUCCCACUACAGCCAGUGGAUAGACAAGACCCUGACUCAAUAGAAGCCUGGUUUAUACACCACCAUCUCCCACUACAGCCAGUGGAUGGACAGGACCAAUGGAAGAAUGUUGUGUCCCAAAUGGCAUUGUAUUCCAUAUGUAGUGCACUAAUUUUGACAAUGUCUUAUAAGGACCAUGGCUUAGUAACAUAGUAAAACAAUAUUCAUUAUAUUAUACCACUUUAUGAAACAUAUAAUCAUACAUUAUGUAAAAAUCACCCCAAUAAACCAAACACAUGAAUCAAUGAA